AUGGCCGGUUCAGGGGCCCCGGCCGCCUGCGGGCGCCCCUGCCUCUCCCGAGCUUCCCUCGCUUGGCUGGGGGCCACGCUGCUGCUCGUCGCCGACUGCGCGCUGCUCCGGCCCGCGCUGCCCGGCGCGCUCUCGCUGCUGGCGCCCCCCGCGCUGCCGCUGCUCCGGGUCUGGGCGGUGGGCCUGAGCCGCUGGGCGCUGCUGUGGCUGGGGGCCCGCGGGAUCCGCAAGGCCACGGUUGGCUCCGGGAGCGAAAGCGCAGGAGUCCAGGGCUGGCUGGCCGCUUUGGAGCCCUUGGCGGCGGCGCUGGGCUUAGCCCUGCCGGGACUUGCCUUGUUCCGAGAGCUGGGCUCCUGGGGAGUCCCCAGGGACGCCAGUAGCACCAGGCUACUGCACUGGGGAAGUCGCCUCGACGCCUUCGUGCUCGGCUACGCAGCGGCGCUGCCCGCGGCCGCCGUGUGGCACAAGCUCGGGGCCCUCUGGGCGGCCGGCUCCGGAGACGCUGCGCGCCGGCUUCUAGGCUGCCUGGGCUCAGAGAUACGCCGCUUCCCGCUGGUCCUGGGCCUGGUGGUCCUCUCUUGUCUUGGGGAGAUGGCCAUUCCGUUCUUCACCGGCCGCCUCACCGACCGGAUUCUGCAAGACGGGACAGCGGCUGCCUUCACUCGAAACGUAGCUCUCAUGUCCGUCCUCACCAUAGCCAGCGCAGGGCUGGAGUUCGCGGGCGACAGCGUCUACAACAGCACCGUGGGCCGCGCGCACAGCGCCCUGCAGGGAGAGGUGUUCCAGGCCGUCCUGCGCCAGGAGACCGAGUUUUUUCAACAGAACCAAACAGGUGCCAUCACAUCUCGGGUAACAGAGGACACGUCCACCCUGAGUGAGUCUCUGAGUGAGAGGCUGAGCCUGCUGCUGUGGUACCUGGUGCGAGGGCUGUGUCUCUUGGGGUUCAUGCUCUGGGGGUCACUGGCCCUCACCAUGGUCACCCUGGUCGCCCUGCCUCUGCUCUUCCUUCUGCCUAAGAAGCUGGGAAAAUGGUACCAGUCACUGGAGGUGCAGGUGCGGGAAUCUCUGGCAGCGUCCAGCCAGGUGGCCAUUGAGGCUCUGUCAGCCAUGCCCACAGUCCGGAGCUUUGCCAAUGAGGAGGGCGAGGCCCAGAAGUUUAGGCAAAAGCUGCAAGAGAUAAAGAAACUCAACCAGAAGGAGGCCCUGGCCUAUGCAGUCAACCAUUGGACCACCAGCAUUUCAGGGAUGCUGCUGAAGGUGGGGAUCCUAUACGUUGGUGGGCAGCUGGUGACCAGCGGUGCCGUGAGCAGUGGGAGCCUCGUCACCUUUGUUCUCUACCAGAUCCAGUUCACCACAGCUGUUGAGGUACUGCUGUCCACCUAUCCCAGGGUACAGAAGGCUGUGGGCUCCUCAGAGAAAAUAUUUGAAUAUCUGGACCGCACGCCUCGUUGCCCACCUCAUGGUCUGCUGACUUCCUUAAACUUGGAGGACCUUGUCAAGUUCCAAGAUGUCUCCUUUGCCUACCAAAACCGACCAGAGGUCCCAGUGCUGCAGGGGCUGACGUUCACCCUCCGUCCUGGCGAGGUGACAGCGCUGGUGGGACCCAAUGGGUCUGGGAAGAGCACAGUGGCUGCCCUGCUGCAGAAUCUGUACCAGCCCACCAGGGGACAAGUGCUGCUGGGUGGGAAGCCCGUCUGGCAGUACGAACACCACUACCUGCACAGCCAGGUGGCUGCAGUGGGACAAGAGCCACAGCUAUUUGGAAGAAGUCUUCGAGAAAAUAUUGCUUAUGGCCUGACCCAGAUGCCAUCUAUGGCAGAAAUCAAAGCUGCUGCAAUGGAGUCUGGAGCCCAUAGUUUCAUCUCUGGACUCCCUCGGGGCUAUGACACUGAGGUAGGUGAGGCUGGGAGCCAGCUGUCAGGGGGUCAGCGACAGGCAGUGGCCCUGGCCCGAGCAUUGAUCCGGAAACCACGUGUACUGAUCCUGGAUGAUGCCACCAGUGCCCUGGAUGCAGACAGCCAGUUACGGGUGAAGCAGCUCCUGUACGAAAGCCCCGAGCGGCGGUCCCGCUCUGUGCUUCUCAUCACCCAGAACCUCAGCCUGGUGGAGCAGGCGGACCUGGUCCUCUUCCUGAAAGGAGGCGCUGUCUGUGAGGCGGGCACCCACCCGCAGCUCAUGCGGAAUGGGGGGCACUACUGCGACAUGGUGCGGGCACCCGCGGGUGCUCUGGAAUGAAACUCUCAGGCUCCGUCUUCCUCUUUUCUCCUCUCUGUGGUGGAGAAUCCGGGAGCAAAGAUCUUACCAGCGCUGCAGGGUGGGUAGCUGGUCUAGGAGUUCGCUGAAUUUCUCCAGGCAGGGUUUAGAGCCAGGGACAGGCUUCGGCGUGGAUGGCACUCUGAAAAUGAGAAAUAUUUAGAAUGCACAUAAAGGAAGAUCGGCCACUUUCAAUAUGACCAAAGGCAUCAAUACCCUGUGGAUUCUUGAUAUUUAUAAUAAAAUGGGCGUUUUCUACCGUG